AUGCCAUCACGAACAUUGUUUUGCGGGAAAUGUGAAGGUCAUGGACGACAGAUUGUGUUGAAAGGUAACGUUGGUCCAUAUAAGGACUGUCACUGCAAAACUGAACUCAGUCAAUCAUCAGUUAGACAAAAUGCUAUUUACCGUUUUGAUGAAACAAUGUUGAAUCCAGAAAUGGCAUUUAUGGUUCAGGAAUAUGGCUGUUCGCAAAAUACUAUUUCAGAUAUAUGCAAUGCAUCAAUCCCUAUUUGUCAACAACAUGAGAUAUCUGAUGUUCCAAUAGACAAUCGGUUGACCUGA